AUGAAGCUAUUAAUUGUAGUGGUUUUUCUGUGCCUUACUACAGCAUCGCGUGCUGCUCCAAGAAUUAUGGGAGGGACAGAUGCUCCCGACGGUAAAUAUCCAUACCAAGUAUCUCUGAGGGACCCACAAUCAAUGCAACACUUUUGCGGUGGAUCGAUUUUAAAUAAGCGCUGGGUGUUAACGGCUGCGCAUUGUAUUACAGCAUUCGUUGAUCAAAAUUAUGUUGCUAUUGCUGCUGGUUCAAACUUGCUCAAAGGAGGAGAUGAACAAAUUUACAAUUCCGAAUACGUCGUUUAUCAUGAAAAUUUCGAUGAUAAACAGAUAGUAAAUGACAUAGGAUUAAUUCGCGUGGAUCGCGACAUCACGAUUGGUGAAAAAAUAAAAUAUAUUAGCCUGGCAAAAGAAGAUUUCAGUCUAGACGAUCGCUCAGCUGAUUUGACUGGAUGGGGCAGACUUUCGAAUGGAGGAGAAUUCCCUAACAAUCUGCAAGAGAUUUCUCUCAAGGUCAUCAAUCAAAAGGAAUGCAUAAAAUUUUGGGAAAAUAUGAUACCCAUAAGAGAAUCACACGUCUGUACCUUUACCAAGGAGGGAGAAGGUAGCUGCCAAUCUGAUUCCGGAGGCCCUCUCGUUAUAGAUGGACAACAAAUAGGUAUCGUUUCAUUUGGUGUACCAUGUGGUAAAGGAUAUCCAGACGUCUAUACGAGGGUAUCAAGUUUUCUUAACUGGAUAGAUGAUACAAUCAACAGGUACGAAAGUCAUUUGCUGUGA